AUGGGCUUAUCGAAUCUUCCGACAGAAUUGGUACAAGCCAUUGCGGAGCUUUUGAGCGAAAAAGAUGUUUCGGUGUUCGCUCAGCUGAAUCGCCAAUUUUUCGAUAUCUUAAUCGACUACCUUUACGCUCGCAAUGCAACGAGAUCCAAUGCGUCAGCCUUGCUAUGGGCAGCAGACAAAGGCUAUGAGUCAACCGCCCGACAAGCGCUCGCCAAUGGAGCCAAGCCCUCAGCAACGAACCGCAAGGGCGACACUUCUCUCCACCUAGCCACAAACGCAGGAAAUCUAAGCAUGGCUCGAUUCCUACUAAAUGCCGGAGUGGAUGUCAAUCAGCAGAACAAAUAUUCGGAAAUCCCGCUCAGUGCACCAGCCAGAGAUGGCAACAAAGAACUGGUAAAAUUACUUCUUGAUCAACCAGGGAUCGACCCUGAUGUGUUGGGCCGUGCCCGAAUUCGCCCCCCAAGGCUCCAGGGACAGACUCCAUUAUCAUAUGCUGCCAUGAAUGGUCACGUUGACGUUCUGAAGAUUCUUCUUGCUACAAACCGGGUGAAUAUCGAGUCGAAGGAUUCGCGUGGCUGGACGCCGCUGGCAUACGCAGCAGCGCAUGGACAGGCUGAGGUGAUGGAGGUUUUGAUCAACGUGCCGGGGAUUCAGCUCGAAUCGAGAGCACAAUGGGGCAUAACACCAUUGAUGCUGGCUGUGAUUCAUGGCCACGAGGCUGUAGCCAGGAUUCUCAUCGAACAGGAAUCCGUCAAAGGCGAUGCUAAAUGCGACGGCGAAUCUACAGCUCUUUGGUUUGCGGUUGUGCAUGGUCACUCAAAUAUUGCCAAGCUGCUCUUGGAAAAAGGAUGCAACCCUCAUUGCCCCUGCCACAUGGGCAAUACACCGUUUUUGCUAGCUAUCAAUAAUGGACAGGAGGAGAUUGUGAAAUGGAUGCAACAGUCAGGCCAUCAGCCAAGGGUUCCGCUUGAUCCCGUGGAACGGAGGAAACAAAUGAUAGCAAAUUUGAACGCUAUAGAGAAAUUUACAAUGGGCAGUCGACGGCGUCCCGAGUGA